ACAGUUUCCUUUGAGUAAAGAGCAGCAACAAGGAAGGAAGGUGCAGAGAGUGUUUGCGUGUUGUGAUGUGCAGUGAAGUGCUGUAGUUGUCGGUCUGUUUGUGGAAGGAUGCGUGUCCCGGUGUGAGCGUCCACAGAGAAGAAGCUGCAGAGAAACCGCAGAGAAACAUCUCAGACUUCGGGGAAGGAUGGCAGACGAAGCCCCCUUCCAGUUUUUACACAACGAACUCAUACAGUACAUCUACUCGUCAGCUGACAACACGGCGGCGGAGAAUGGCAGAAAUAUCACGAAGCUGGAGAACAUGGGCUUCAGAGUGGGCCAAGGUCUCAUAGAGAGGUUGACUAAAGACAUGUCACGGUUCAAAGACGAGUUGGACGUCAUGAAGUUCAUCUGUAAAGACUUCUGGACCUGUGUGUUCAAGAAGCAAAUAGACAACCUUCGAACCAACCACCAGGGCAUCUAUGUUCUGCAGGACAACAAGUUCAGGUUACUGAGUAACCUGUCGGCUGGAAAACAGUAUCUGGAGCACGCCCCCAAGUAUCUGGCCUUCACCUGUGGUCUGGUCAGAGGAGCCCUGUGCAGCCUGGGAGUGAAGAGUAUAGUAACGGCCGAGGUGUCUGUCAUGCCUUCAUGUAAAUUCCAGGUGAUGAUCCAGAAGAUGUCCUAAGAGGACAAAUCAUUUUCAUUAAGGCCUGAAGAGUAUUACAGAGAAUGAUUCUGCAUUAAUACGUGUAAACAUGUCUACAUCUAACCAAAAGAAUGUGUCGCUUGUUGUUUUGGAAAUGCUUUUACUUGACUCUCUUGGUAUAAACUGCACAAUGUCAGAGUGAAAUCUGGGAAAUACUAAUCUUUGUUUACUUGUAUAUCGUCGCAGUCCGCGUUAAUCUGUCUUCUUCAAGUGUUUUAAGAGGCUUGUUUCAUAUUUUAGCGGUUCGUUUAAAAAUGAGGACACUAAUGAAAUGUGGCAAUUGUGUUGACACAAGUUCACGAACGGUUGUUAAAGAACAAGAAGAACAUGUGUGGACGUCGGAUAAAGAAGCAUCUGACUGGAGGUAUCCUCAGAUAUGCCAAAUAAAAUAAACGAGUAAAGACACUCACUGUAUCACGAGUUCAGGGCAUUUAAAUGUUCAAACUGACUGUAAAAUGUUUUUGUUUUAUUGUCUUCUUUUUUGUAUUUUAUGAACAAAUUUAUGUUUGAGCUGAGCAAUAAAUCACUGUGUAUGAUCGA